AUGGACCCGCUAUCAGUGAGCGCCAGCAUCUCUGGAUUGAUAUCCAUUCUCGACCUCGUAGCUGUAAAGAGUUACAAAUAUGUCAAAGAAGUCAGGGGAUCGACUCAGGAAGUCAAAAAACUUGUCAACGAAAUGACCGAUCUAUACGGCAUUCUCAACCAAUUACGCCUGGUCGUCUCACGUUUUGACGACGAAUUAGAUAAAGCUGACCGCGACGAUAUCGGUGGUCAAAAGUCAGCGAUUGGCCGGAAAAUUUCAAAUUUAGGGCCAGCUCUUAUCUGGCCUUUCAGCGUCGGUGAAACCAGAGCACUCAUCGAUGAUGUGACGACACAGAAGUCUACUUUGAUGUUUGCGCUUCAAGUGGAUGGAAUGAAUGCGCUAUUUGAUGCACUCAGUGACCGGAAGACACAAGGACUAAAUAUAGAAGCAAUACGGGCAAAUGUGCUUGGCCUAAGGAAUGAGAAAGCGAUAUCUAUGUUGAACCAAAAGCAGAAGAAGAUUAUUGAAUGGAUAGCUCCAUAUGAUCCCAGUCAGAGACAUCAAGAAGUUGCGACGAAACUUCGACAGCCAGGUACUGGUCAGUGGUUCACUAAGGGAGAUCAGUUCAAGUCCUGGUUUAAUGAAAAGGUAUCGAAGUUGUGGUUGUAUGGUAUUCGUAAGCAUUCGAUUUAUUCUCUCGAUAAACUUACCCCAGUCCAGAAAUCUGUUCUGAUGCUUGUCUUAGCUGGAGCUGGAAAAACUAUAUUAAUCAGUUCUACCAUCAGCUGUAUCUUUGACCAGCUUGAAGAUGGUGAUUGUUUAGCAUUCUUUUAUUGCGAUUACAAGGAUAAAAAGACACAGGAUCCUCUAAACAUCUUGGGUUUUCUGGUUAAGCAACCGAACAAUCCAAGCUUCUAGAUCU